GCUCCGAUCCCCUCCUAUAAACCCGCCGCCCCCUCCCCCCACCUUUCCCCAGAUCAAAACCCCUCCUCCCCAUCCCCUCCAUCCCUCGAACCAUCCGUCCGUCGGCCAUGGCCACCGCCGCCGCGUCCCAGGUGGCCUUCUCCGCGCCCGUCGGCGGCUCGGACCGCGCCGUCAGGAGCUCCGGAAUCCAGGGCAUCAACAGUCUCAGCUUCAGCAACAAAUCAUGGAUCGGCACCGCAUUGGCGUGCGACAGCAAGGCCGCGGCACAGUCGAGGCAUCUCUGCAGGGCGGUCCAGCAGUCGAGCAAGAGCAAGGUCUCCGUCGCGCCCCUCGACCUGGAGAGCGCCAAGGAGCCGCCGCUCAACACCUACAAGCCCAAGGGGCCUUACACGGCCACCAUUGUCUCGGUUGAGCGGGCGGUAGGCCCUAACGCCCCAGGAGAGACGUGCCACGUCGUCAUCGACCAUGGUGGCAAUGUGCCGUACUGGGAGGGGCAGAGCUAUGGGAUUAUUCCUCCGGGAGAGAACCCAAAGAAGCCUGGAAACCCACAGAAUGUCAGGCUGUAUUCCAUUGCAUCUACUCGGUAUGGGGAUUCAUUUGACGGGAAGACUGCCAGUUUAUGUGUUCGCCGUGCAGUUUAUUAUGAUCCUGAAACUGGCAAGGAGGACCCCUCGAAGAAUGGUGUCUGCAGUAAUUUCCUAUGCAACUCAAAGCCUGGGGACAAGAUUCAGAUGACAGGGCCCUCUGGCAAAAUAAUGCUCCUACCUGAGAGUGAUCCAAAUGCAACCCAUAUCAUGAUUGCCACUGGCACUGGUGUUGCUCCCUACCGCGGGUACCUACGCCGCAUGUUCAUGGAAGAUGUCCCAAAUUUCAGAUUUGGUGGCCUGGCUUGGCUCUUCCUUGGUGUGGCUAAUUCGGACAGCCUUCUUUAUGACGAAGAAUUCACAAGCUACCUGAAGCAGUAUCCAGACAAUUUCAGGUUCGACAAAGCACUAAGUAGGGAGCAGAAGAACAAGAGUGGCGGCAAGAUGUACGUUCAGGACAAGAUUGAGGAGUACAGCGAUGAGAUUUUCAAGCUUUUGGAUGGCGGUGCACACAUCUACUUCUGUGGUUUGAAAGGAAUGAUGCCAGGGAUUCAGGAUACACUCAAGAAGGUGGCAGAGCAGAGAGGGGAGAGCUGGGAUCAGAAGCUAUCGCAGCUCAAGAAGAACAAGCAAUGGCACGUUGAGGUUUACUAGGAUCGGAACCGUUCAGUUAUCUAUGAUUUGCUCUGCUGUGAGACGAUGUCAGAAAAAGGCAGAACACACACAUGGGAUGAUUCUUGUGAUGGUGUAGAAUUAUCAAACAUUAUUUUUGAGAGAAUCAUAAGACUGUCCAUGUAAUUCAUAAGCUUCUGCAUCACAUGAUGCGUGAAACGAAGCAUGUAACUUUUGUUAUAAUUUCUUGAGGUGUUUUGUCUGAAGCCGAAUUUAAGCACCUGUCCUGGUUGUUCAUGGUCUCAUGGAUGAAGUGCAAUACUAUAUUGUAGAUUGUUAUUCAUUCAAAUAUUCAGAGGGCAUAUAAAUAUUCUGUGCGUACUUCA